AGCGGUGUCAGCACAGCAGCGGCUCCGGCAGAGGGAGGACUCAAGUGGGAUACGCGGAGGACUGUGAUACCAUUCGGCUUUCAGGAAUACUUUCAUUUUUCUCUCAGAAGUUGGAAUGGCUGCUAACCACGAUAUGAAACGAGUUGUACGGCAGAGCAAAUUCCGUCACGUCUUUGGCCAGGCGGUAAAAAAUGACCAAUGCUACGAUGAUAUCCGGGUGUCGCGGGUCACAUGGGACAGCUCCUUCUGUGCAGUCAACCCCAAGUUUGUUGCCUUAAUUAUCGAGGCCAGCGGCGGAGGCGCUUUCCUCGUUCUUCCUCUUCAAAAGACGGGACGCAUUGACAAAUCCUACCCCACAGUGUGUGGUCACACAGGCCCGGUGUUAGACAUUGACUGGUGUCCCCACAAUGAUCACGUCAUCGCCAGCGGCUCCGAGGACUGCACAGUGAUGGUCUGGCAGAUUCCUGAGAAUGGCCUUGUGACUUCAAUGGCUGAGCCAGUGGUGGUGCUGGAGGGCCACUCCAAGCGCGUUGGCAUCAUCACAUGGCAUCCAACAGCACGCAACGUCCUUCUUAGUGCAGGUUGCGACAACCAGAUCGUCAUCUGGAACGUGGGCACAGGAGAGGCUAUGAUCACCCUGGAUGACAUGCACCCAGAUGUCAUCUACAACGUGACCUGGAACCGCAACGGUAGCCUCAUCUGCACCGCCUGCAAGGACAAGGCCAUCCGUGUCAUCGAUCCCCGCAAGGAGAUGAUGAUUGCUGAGAAGGAGAAGGCACACGAGGGCGCUCGACCCAUGAGAGCCAUUUUCCUGUCUAACGGCAACGUCCUCACCACAGGAUUCAGUCGCAUGAGUGAGAGGCAGCUCGCCCUCUGGAACCCGGAUAACAUGGAGGAGCCCAUGACUGUUAAUGAGAUGGACACCAGCAACGGAGUGCUCUUGCCCUUCUAUGACCCAGACACCAACGUCGUUUACCUCUGUGGGAAGGGGGACAGCAGCAUCCGUUACUUUGAAAUCACAGACGAGGCUCCGUAUGUUCACUUCCUCAGCACCUUUGCCACCAAGGAGCCCCAGAGGGGCAUGGGCUACAUGCCCAAGAGGGGCCUUGAUGUCAAUAAGUGUGAAAUUGCGAGGUUCUAUAAACUGCAUGAAAGGAAGUGUGAGCCUAUCGUGAUGACUGUACCGAGAAAGUCGGACCUGUUCCAGGACGACUUGUACCCGGACACAUCUGGACCCGACCAUGCCCUGGAGGCUGAGGAGUGGUUUGAUGGCAAGAACGGAGACCCGAUCCUCAUCUCCCUCAAGAACGGCUACGUCCAGGGCAAGAACCGUGAAUUCAAGGUGGUCAAAAAGAACAUUUUGGACACCAAGAACACAGAGAACUCGAGCCCUGCCAACAAGUCUGCCUCCCCGACUCCAUCGAUUAAAUCUGAGGCCAAGCUGGAGGAGAUCUUGAGUGAAAUCAAAUCUCUCAAGGACCUGGUGAGCAGUCAGGAGAAGCGAAUCAUCAAACUUGAAGAGCAAAUGUCCAAAAUUGCCAUUUAGGGACCCUUUACCCAACCCGCUACAAUUCAGGACGUUUCAUUGGCCGGGGGGUGGGCGGGAUCAGUCACUGCCUAUCUCAAUGACAGUGUUUCGCCUGAAGCCUGCCUAGCAACGAUCCCUAGCAACAUUCCAGUUGAACUUUUUCUUAGCCAGCCCCCGACCCUCAGUUUAACACAGGUGGAAUGAGGACGUGUGGCAAAUUUAGUACAAAAUGCUCUUUGCUUUUCGGUGACAAAGGACUCUAUUCCUUUUAUUGUGUGGCAGUCUUUUUUUUAUUUUUUAUUUUGUCGUCUUGUAUAAAAAGGGUUUUACAUAUUCCUUUGCAUUUUAGAAAUAUGACCAAGAAAAUUCCAAUAUCAAUAGUCAGCAUUUGCCAUUGCGUUCCCAAAUAUUUUUUAAGUAGGUCUCAGUCUUUCAUGUUACUAUACCCCAAAAUUAUGUUGCCAAAUUUGACAUUUUGUUUACACCUCAUCAGUAUUUCUUUCUCUCUCUUUGUGGGACGAGUCAAAAUGCCAACGGGGACACCCGGCACAGUAGACUGGUUGUGUAAGGAUGUCAUCAAUGAUUAACUAUGGAACUAAAAUAAUUUGAAUAAGAUGAAUGGUUAUACUAGGAAGAACUCUGUAAUGAGGCGUAAACGGGAGCCAUUUAGCUGCCACGGUCUACACCCAGACAUUACACAUAAAUGACCAUUCUCGCCGUCUUUGUUGAAGCUGCACAACUUAACUUCUGCUUUUUGCCAUUUCUUCUCGUUCCCGUUGCUUCCCGUCGUUCUGACUGUGGACAAUAGUCCACGUAAACAAGCAUUCCUCUCCGUCUUGCUUCAUUAACACGCACUGUGUGCUUAUUGGAGAAAGUGACAAACGCAUUCCACAAAUCUCAUUGGCAGUUUCUGGUGUCGGGGGGGAGGAGAGGGAGAUACUUCUAUAAAGUUCUUCUUUCUGUGAACACUCUGCUGUAGUGACACAGUCACACUGGGUGAUUGUUAUUGUGACAUCUAUGUCCCAUGUAAAACACCUGCUUUUGUUUCUGCGAGAGGUUCCGUCACCGACCUCGGUGUCUCGUCACGUGUAGUGGGAUUAUGUUUCUGUCGCUGUUCCUUCGCACUAUAUGCCAUCUCAGAUCUGCAUCUUCUGUACAAACCAAUACAGGAAUCGACAUGAAAUGACUCAUCAAUCACAUAACGUGACUAUUUAAAACCUUCUGGUGAUAAAACUGGAGUUUGCUACAGAAACUGUUCAUGGUGGACCUUAAAGGCCUAGAUUGUGUGUGAAUAUGUGCCUCAUGUCUUUGGUCUUUUGGGUACCUGUCACUGUGGAUAUUCCUGCUGUGUUUGUUGUCGGGGGCGGCGGGGGGGGGGGGGGGGGGUUAUGAAAUGGACUCACGGUAGAAUGUCCAAGACUGGCCUCUAACCUGGAUGAAUUGAAUAGUUGGGUAUUGCUUCACUGUUAAUUUUAGCCUGUUUCUUGUUCCAGCUGUGCUUAUUUCCCUCUUAGCACUUCCACUUUUUUCUUUUUUUUUAAUAGUUUAUUCCUCAGAAGCUCCUGUUCAGUUGAGUUAUCACAAAAUCAAGCAACUAUUGAGUUGUCCAGCCUGAGCUGUUUUGACCAGACCGCUAUGAUAACGGCUCCUCUUGAUGUUUUUAGAUUUGAUUACUGAGACGGGUAAAGGUUCAGUCUGUUGUUUGCCUUCAAUAAUUGUUACCACUGUAAAGACCUGAAAGUGCCAUAGAGGUGAUCAUGCAAGUGUUCGUAGGGGACUGUUGUGAGAGUAGGUUUGUGUAGUAAAUGGAAGAGUUGAUCGGUGCCCGGAUUCAAAACCACUUUGAGGUGCUAUACUUAAAUAUACUUAAAAAGAAAACUAUGUUCAAAGGACUCUGCUCCUAAAGUACUGUGUCAGCUGUUUGUGGACAUCAUGAAGUCCUGCCAGUCCAUCCCACAAUACACCAGGCAGCAUUACUGGUCGAGGUUUGUUAGUAAGCAAUGUGCCCCGGACAUUUUGACACUUUCCACCUCGGUACGGGUAUUCACAACAUCUCGAAAAAUUAUGUCAAACCGAGAAGCUGUCGGCAGCCUUUUGAGUCAUCGUGGCUUUGAGAUGCAAUUUGAGCAGCAAGUCGUAGAAUAUUAGCAACAGGAAGUUACAGCAGGGCUAUAGAAAUGUGUGUACUGCUCUAUCUACCACUCUGUGGAUUCUUUAUAGCACUGGUCGCACGAGAGCAAAGGUUUGAGGAGUAGUGAAUAGCGAUCCAAAGGGACUCUGUAGGUUGGAGACGUGCAGUUGAAAGAUAGAUGUAUGUUUGUUCUUUAGGAAAACCGAGUGAAAGCUGUGUAAAUAACAUGACCAUAAAGUUUCUUUUUUUUUUUUCGUGGCUGUGCUGAAGAGGGUAUUUGUGUGGGAGGUGUGUUUUAAAUGUUUCUCUUCGUCUGUGUUCUCUGCACCUUGCCAUAAUGCAUCUUGAGAAAAGCAGAGCCUCUGUUAAUGUCGGAGGUCGCACCGAUAUCAAGAAAGAAAAUCAGACCAAAAUGAACCAGAAUGAAGCCUCAUGUUGGAGGUCUGCUCAGCGUUUUUGUUCAUUAUUCUUGCUUCAAGCAUCAAACAUUGAUUAUAAGAAAAAAAUAAUAAAGACUUUUUAAAAUGGA